AUGCGUUUCACUGCAGCUUCACUUGUGACUCUCGGGCUACUUGCCUCUGCUCUAGCUCUUCCGGCCCCGGCCAACUCUCUCGAAGUCCGCGAGCCAUCCAAAGACAAGUAUGCUGUCUAUGAUGUGCCGGAAAAACGAUCCAAGGAGAAGUAUGCUGUGUACGAUGUCCCUGACAAACGCUCCAAAGAAAAAUAUGCAACCUAUGAUGUCCCUGAGGAAGAAGAGUAA